AGAAGAACAACGGUCGAGAUCCAAUAACCAACCCAAGAACUCAUUCGACGGCCCAGAUAAGAUUUUCAGCAGUUCAACCCCACAAACAACAGGUUCUACCUUCCAAGCCACUCUCCCCGAAGAACAAUUUGAUACUCUGAGACGAGGGAAAAGUCGAGACCGAAAUCCAGAAUCCGCGGUGCCCCUCCCUUUUGGAACUAAUCGGAGCAUCGAUUCGUUCUUGGGUUUCGACGAUCAGCCAUGUACAGAACCGCAGCUUCUCGCCUCAGGUCUCUUAAGGGGCGUACAAGCAGCAGGUUCCCCGUAAGCACUAGGUCACCUGCAAGAUUCGCAAGCUCGGGUGCUGCCGUAUUGCAGUCAUCCACUUCAGGUGGGAUCUUAAGUUGGUUUACUGGUGGAAAUUCCAAGUCUUCAGUGCCUCUUGACUUCCAGUUUCCAGGAGUCGAGCUCCCACAAUCACUGCCCGAUUUUGUUGAACCGGGGAAAACCAAGAUCACUACGCUCCCUAAUGGCGUCAAAAUUGCAUCUGAAUCAUCUUCGAACCCUGCUGCAUCAAUAGGCCUUUACAUUGACUGCGGCUCAAUCUAUGAGUCACCAGCCACAUUUGGAACCACUCAUCUGUUAGAGAAAAUGGCCUUCAAAAGUACUAGAAAUCGCAGCCACUUGCGAGUUGUGCGAGAAGUGGAAGCAGUUGGAGGUGUUGUACAAGCCUCAGCAUCUCGGGAGCAAAUGGGUUACACUUUUGAUGCUCUAAAGACUUACGUACCUGAGAUGGUGGAGUUGCUAGUUGAUAUUGUAAGGAACCCAGUCUUCCUAGAUUGGGAGGUCAACGAACAGCUUCUGAAGGUCAAAUCUGAGAUUAGUGAAGCUUCUAACAAUCCGCAUGGCUUACUUUUGGAGGCCAUUCACUCUGCUGGUUUUUCUGGCGCACUGGCUAAUCCUCUUUUAGCUCCUGAAUCAGCUAUUAAUAGGUUAAAUGGUUCUCUGUUGGAGGAAUUUGUGGCUGAAAAUUACACUGCCCCUCGGAUGGUGCUUGCAGCUUCCGGUGUUGAGCACGAGGAACUAGUAUCCAUUGCUGAGCCUCUUCUCUCUGACCUACCACAAGUUCCAAAACCUGCUGAGCCUCAAUCUGUUUAUACUGGAGGCGAUUACCGUUGUCAAGGAGAGUCAGGGGAUAUGAUGACCCAUUUUGCUCUCGCAUUCGAACUCCCUGGUGGCUGGCAUCAGGAUAAGGAUGCGAUGAGCUUGACUGUUCUUCAGAUGCUUAUGGGAGGUGGUGGAUCAUUCUCUACUGGCGGCCCUGGAAAAGGAAUGUACUCAAGGCUUUAUCUUAAUGUCUUAAAUCAGUGUCCACAAAUUCAGUCCUUUUCGGCAUUCAACAAUAUUUACAACAAAACUGCCUUAUUUGGCAUCCAAGCAACCACUACUUCAAAUUUUGCAGCAAAAGCAAUUGAUAUAGCCGCUAGUGAACUUAUUGCUGUUGCUAAGCCUGGUGAAGUUGAUCCCGUGCAAUUGGCCCGUGCCAAGCAGGCAACAAAAUCUGCCAUUUUGAUGAAUUUAGAAUCCAGAAUGGUUGCUUCUGAAGACAUUGGUAGACAAAUUUUGACAUAUAGUGAGAGGAAACCGGUGGAUCAUUUCUUGAAAGCCAUAGAUGCAGUCACAGAGCAGGAUGUUGCCAAGCUUGCACAGAAGCUCAUUUCAUCCCCUCUUACGAUGGCGUCCUACGGAGAUGUUAUCAACGUUCCAACCUAUGACUCAGUCAGCAGCAAGUUCAGAUCGAAAUGAAGUAGUCCUUGACGAGAGGCUGAAAUCUAUUUGUGCGUCCAAGCUCUGCUUCACAUAAUGACACAGGAGCUUAUUGCAGUUGAUGAAAUAAGUAGUGAUGAUAUACGAAAGAAGCCAUUUUUUAAAAAAUACAACUUCGUAGGACGGGGCUCGGCCAGCCAGCAGUUUCAUAUUUCCCCUCACGAACUAGUGAAAACCCCUCUCUGUAUGGGCAGAGUGGACAGUUGAAUGAUUCUCCAUUGCAGAGACAAUGAUCAUCAAACAUUCAAUCGCGUAAUGCUGUCGUUAUCGAUCACAGUCUGAAACUUGCAAAAUGCAGCCGAAAGCAUUAUAGAGACUUGAGAAUGAAGGAAUCCAAUAAAAAACCCCUAGCUUUCCCACAGCAAAUAAAAUAACCGGGUAAAUUGCAAGGUUGGUCAUUGAGAUUACUAAAAACAUUCAUGUUUGGUCAUAUUUAAUUUCAUUCGUGAUCACUAUGAUUAAUCAAACAAUUUGUAUUUGGUCACUCUCCGUUACCUUUCGUCAACCUCCGUUAACACUGUCAAUUUUUUGCUGACGUGACUUACAAAAGUGUUGAGUCAUCAAAAUUUAAUCUGAAAAAAUAAACUCAACCUGCCAUGUCAUCUGCCACGUCAUUAAAUCCACCCCAGUC